GAUAAUGCUAAAAAUAACAUCCGAACUGUUGGUAAAUCGAAACUGUUAUUACAAAUUGUAUCGAGCGAUGACUCGAAAAAGUUUGUUGUUCUGUUCUACAAAGCCAUACUGCACAAUGAAGAUAUUGCUUUUAUUAUCAUUCUCCAUGGCAGCCAUUUCUUUAACUCGAAGUUCAAAUUCGAGCGAGGCUCAUGACAUCACAACCCUGCUAAAUAAUACCAUCGCAAAAACAUUCGAAAAUAUGCAUAAAGUUACGGUCAUCAAGUUGGUUCUCAGCAUGGAGAAUUUAGAAUGGUUCAACUUUGAAACAUAUACAGACUGCGAAUUAGGACCUUUUAAGAAUGAGUUCUACUUUAUUGAUGUCACUGUAACCCCAGUCAAAGUAGGAUCUGCCCGCUUAAGGCAAGAAUUUUAUCGCAAUAGAAUGACCAUAUUCUUCUCCUACCUAUCAAUUGAAAUGGAAGGAUUCUUGGGAGCAACUCCAGAUUGUAAAGGUCACGUGGCCGCUGGUUUCAAACGAACUCUGGAUUUUGAAAACAUCACCAUCUACGUAAUAGCGCAACCAAUGCAAAAUAUCUCAAAGCAUGAAUUCUAUCCUCACAUUGAUUUCAUUCACUACGAUGGUUACGAAUCCAAUUACACACAUUCGCCUUAUUUCCGCGAAGACUUGACACAAGAUGCUCAAUAUGAUCUCGAAAGACGAAUCAAACAUUUCUUACCAUCGUUAUUCCUGUUAAAUUUACGAAACAACGAGAACUUUAUGAAAACACUCCAUGCAGCGUUUUGUCGUCAUCCUGAACCAGAGAUCACGUCGCAUUAUCCCUCUUCAGAUAUUUUCAAAAUGAAAAAUUACUUCUUUAUACCAAAUUUCACUUCACUAGGUCGUAUCUUGAGCAAUAUCACCAUCACAGGAAUGCAUAAUUUUCGUAGUCACUCGUUUGCUGAAAAUUCCGGCCACACUGUCAGCACUCUGACGAUUAAAGAUAUUCAAGGAACCACUAAUUUACAUUACGAUCUUCGAAAUGUUACAAUUUUUUCAUUAUACUUCGAAGUAGAUUGCAUCUCGAUAACAAUUAAUCGAAAACAGCAAAGUAUCAAUGUGACUGCGCACAGUUACACAGUUAUUGACACUAAAAUGAACGUCUCAUUGACGGAAUAUCAAUCCAAGUGGGUAAUGGAAGGAAUUCAAUUGGCGAUUGCGUCUUCGAUAAUGCCAUCGAUGAAAUAUUACAGAAACAGCACUCAAUCCACCGAUUCGCUCGAAGAACACCCAAUUGUGAAAAUGAUCACCAAAUUAUCUCAGCAAUUCGAAGGUCGCACCUUACAAAAACUGUACGAUACUUGGAAUAUAACGAUACCCAAAAGCCUCAAGGCAAAAUCAAGUCUCCAAAUAGAAUCACACAAUUACAAUAUUUCAAUUGACGCUAAACCCGAAACAGCAUUGAGCCCUUAUCCAUUGUUAUCUCAUUGUAAUCUCUACUGCAAUUUGGAAUUCGUUUUCGAAUUUCCUACUUGGUUCGGGAAAAUUAGCGUGCUCAAUACCACUCACAAAUUCGACGAAAUUAAUUUUGAAAUUUUCAGUGAUUACUCUAGAGUAGGCAAAUCGAAUAAUUCGAAUGAUUUCAAAUUGGAAUACUAUUCAUCCUUUCACGUAAAACUGCUCUCAAAUCCGAACAAUUUCACAGAUCACGAGCAGUUGAAGAUAGAACAAAAAACGCAACAAUUGAUGUACUCGUUGAUUAAGAAAACAGUUAUCCAUUUCGCAGAACCACUGCUUUCAUUACAAUUGGACCAUUAUACCGCACCAGUGAAAAUUUUCGACGACUUCCUGCCUUUCUACGCCGAUUACGAAUUAUCCUUCCGUGUACCCGAUGCCAUAAUUGCGAAACACUUCAUGAUACCGAAAAUAAACGACGUGAUAAUCACAAAAUGGGCAGAAUCACCUUCUGGCCUUGCCACCAUUGACAAAUACCCGUACCUUGUCAAUGGAAGCAUUACGCCGUAUGUUCAUUUAGAAUUGGCAGGCGCUGAAAUCCGAAUGAAUUUUGACGAUAGCUUGGUGCCAUUUGAUGAACUACAUUUGACAUUGGAUGAAUUUUCGGUUCGAAAAUAUACAGAUACAGGAAAGGUUACAGUGCGUUUAGAAUCGAGUUACGAUUCUCAGAACAAUAAAACUAUCUCUUUUUCUACUUCGAAAUUCGACUCUAUUGUGAUGGAAUUAGAAAGUAUACUCGGCGAAUGUUUCACUAAUCUUACCAGUAUCGUUUUUUAACAUUAUUUUUUAUUACCAAUUUACACCUAUCUAUCACUAAUUUUGUACAAAUUAAAUUAAAAUCAAAACAUUGAGCAAAAAUUUACAAAUUUUUUUUCAUUUUGUUUGAAUCUCGAUUUUAGUAAUUUUUUUUCUGGUUGAUACCAGGAAGGAUAGUCAAAAAAUCAACAAAUCGAUUCCCGAAUUCAAAAAAUUGAGACGAAAAUUUUCAAAAGCCAAUUAUUUUAAGAACUAAAAAACUAAAAGCUGCACAGGGGGCUGCAUAAUUUUUCAAAUCCACCAAUCGAUUCUGUACACCAAAACAUUAAUAGGUAGGAAUAAUACAUAACAUGUUAAAUUUUUAUUUCAUCAUCUUGAGCAGGUAUAGACGUUUGUAUGUAAUCUUGAUAAAAUGAAAAUGUUUGAAAAAAUGUGUAAAAUACUUGAUUAUCUAUAGGUAGGUAGAGGUACCGAGGAGCACUUUGUACCUAUAUAGAUUAACAUUGAGUGUUUUUUAAGCUAUUGGAAUUUUUUAUCAAGCAAUUUUUAAUUUUAUCAGACUACAAAAAUUUUAAAAAUGAUCUGAACCAACGAUAAUGCAAAAAAAUAACAUCGAAUCUGUUGAUAAAUCGAAGCUCUUAUUGCAAAUUAUAUCGAGCGAUGUCUCGAAAAAGUUCGUUUUUCCGCUUUAUAAAGUCACACUGCACAAUGAAGAUUUUGAUUUUAAUAACGUUCACCUUGACAGCCAUUUCUUCAACUCAAAGUUCGAAUUCGAGCGAGGCUCAUGACAUCACAACACUGCUAAAUAAUACCAUAGCAAAAACAUUCCACAAUAUGAAUUCAGUUACGAUCAACAAGUUAGUCCUUAGCAUUGAGAAUUUAA